AUGGACUUACAGGAUCAUUCAAAGGAUCUGUUUCCAAGUAGAGCUACUAUUUUAUCUGGAAGUAUAUUGCUUGAUGAUGAUACUGAUGAGAAGAAGAGUUCUGACCUGCAGACAACUAAGAGUAGCAUAGACACGGGUCUGAUAACAGGCAUUAUCAACCAAGAAAAAUGGCACAAUGUUGAUGAAUAUCAUGACGAAGUACGGAAUGAGCGCUUCUAUCUUUCCAAUAGAUACCCAAGUAGAAAACAGUCCAUUACUAUUGAAGAUAUGUUGACAAAAGACAAUAAAACCGAUUCUUAUCUUCCUACUAGUGAUUUCAUGGAUUAUAACCGGAAAGUUCAACGUGAGUUUGACUUAAGAGAGAAGAUAGAAACAGCUCUCAAAAGGAAAGACCCCGGAACAAUAGCAAUACAUAAUGAUGAGUCCCUAGAAAACUUGUAUAUUGCGGGAAAUGGCUCGAAAUCAGCCACCAAAAGUUUACCAGAUACCAGUUGCUUCCUCAACAAGCACACACCGAAUAAUAAUUCAGAAGAAAGUCAGAGCCGUAGCAACGAUAGUACGCUAUCGACUUUUUCAACUCAUAUUAUUGACCAUACAAGCUACAGAAAUUUGGCUAUUGAUGAAACUAAUCCCUUCGAGCAGGUCCCCUAUCAAUUACGUAAACCCACAACGACUGCAUUUGAUUACCCAAACGUUUCCGCUUCGGGAGACUCUUACUUGAAACGAGCUAUACGAAAUUAUUUUGUUACAAGACAGAAUGGAGUACCAUAUCACAUCCAGCGAAGGCUGACCGUUCGACAUAUUCAAAUGCUUUCAGUGGGACCUUGUUUGAGUGUUGGAUUGUUUUUAACCUCUGGAAGAGCUUUCUCGAUAGCUGGCCCGUUUGGAACAUUGUUAGGAUUUUGUCUUUCAGGUUGUGUGAUUCUGGCAACUCUUCUUUCCUUCACGGAGCUAUCCACAUUAAUCCCAGUAUCAUCCGGGUUUUCUGGAUUGGCAUCUCGUUUUGUGGAAGAUGCAUUUGGUUUUGCGAUUGGAUGGACAUACACAUUUUCAUGCAUAAUUGCUUUCCCUGCAGAAGCCGCCUCAAGCACCUUUUUCCUGACGUAUUAUUCCCAUCCUCUUCUUAACAAAAGCGUCAUAUCAGGAUUUGUUACCUUAUUUUUAUCCUUCCCCAUUGUGUCAAACCUUUUGCAAGUGAAUUACCUUGGCGAAGUUGUAUUCUUUUUUGGGGCGGUUAAAUUAAUCGUAUCGAUAUUGAUUAUCUUGGUGAUGAUUAUUUUAAAUGCAGGACAUGGGCAUAGAGAUCAUCACAGGGUUGGAUUCAGAUUUUGGGACUCUUCCAAAUCUUUUGAUAAUUUGACGUAUGGGCUAUUUCGCCCAACCUAUGAUCUCCGUGAUGAAGGCACCGGGAGCCGAAAUGGGAUUGGUGGGUCAACGGGACGAUUUUUGUCCGUUGUAUCUGUGAUGCUUAUCUCUACAUUUGCAUACAGCGGAGUCGAAAUGACAUUUUUGGCCAGUGGUGAAGCUGUAAAUCCAAGAAAAACUAUCCCGUCAUCCAUUAAAAGAACAUUUUCCAGCAUACUUUUAAUUUAUGUUCUCGCCAUUUUGACUGUCGGUAUCAAUAUAUACAGCGGAGAUCCCCGGUUACUGGCAUAUUUGUCAAAGCCGACAUCGAAUCGCAGUGAAGCUGCUCGUAAUGGAGUUGGGACCCAAUGGCAGUUGGAUGUAUCGUGCAACCCCAGGUCACAUAUAUCUGGUCCAUUAGAAAACGGGUAUUCAAGCCCAUGGGUUUUAGCACUACAAAGUUUUGGGAUGUGUGCAUUUGCGUCAGCCUUCAAUGGGUUACUGAUAGUCUUUACGGCAACAUCCGCGAUAUCAUCCUUGUACAACUCCUCGAGAACUUUGUACGCCAUGUCUAUUCAGAGAAAGGCUCCGUACAUUUUUCAGCUCUGUAACAGGUACGGUGUGCCUUACGUAGCGGUACUCGUUGCCUCAUCAUUUGGCGUUAUUGCAUAUAUUGCCGUUAACGAACAGUCCCAGAAUAACUUUAGUAUCUUGACGAACAUGUCAAGUGCGAGUACGUCCAUCAUUUGGUUUGGGAUGAAUCUGUCGUUUUUGAGAUUUUACUACGCGUUGAACAGAAGGACGGAUUCCUUAUCCAGAGAUGACGAGGCAUACCCAUUUAGGUCGCCAUUUCAACCAUACCUGGCAUUUUUUGGGCUGUUUGGUUGUUUUAUAUUUGUCCUGUUCAUGGGAUACCCGAACUUUUUGACCCAUUUCUGGUCCGCAAGAGGUUUCUUUUCAGCGUACGGAGGUUUGUUGAUCUGUGGAGUUUGCUACUUAGGGUACAAGAUAUUUUGUACUUCUAAGAUCCAAAGAUUAGACCAAUUAGACAUGGAUACCGGCCGCAGAGAACUAGAUAGAAUGAAAUGGGUGGAAAAUCAGCAAUAUUCCGGUGGAGUUAUAAACCGUUUCAAGCAAUUUCUGCGACACAGUUUUAGGUGA